CCGAAGCUCAGGACAGCAGUGUGUGUCCUGCAGCUCAGCAUCGCGAGGCUCAGCACCCACCAUGGCCCUGCGCGUCCUGCUGCCUCUGCUCCUGCUGGCUGCUUCUCUCCUGCUCCACCAGGCUGAAGGUGUGGACAAUCCGGCCUCAGACUGCUGCCUGAAGACCAGCCAGAAGACCAUCCCCAUCAAGCUGGUGAAGACCUACAGCAUCCAGGGCCCUGAAUCAGGAUGCGUGCUGCGUGCUGUUGUGUUCACCACCAAGAAGAAUAUGAAAAUCUGCUCCUCUCCUACCGACCCCACUGUCCAGAAGCUGAUCAAGAGCCUGGACAACAGAAGAAAAAACCCUUCCCAGCGCAAAUCCAAGAGGCAGAAGAAGAAGCAGGUCUAAGCCAGGCCUGGAGAGGACAAGCACUUUCCCCACUGACCACCGACCAGCAAUGGACACCUGCAGCACACUCACCUUCCAGCGUGGGGCAAGAGGGGACUGUGCUCUGCCCCAUGUCCUCCUCCCCUCUGUCGGCACCCCCUCUCCCCAGCAGGGAGCUUGAGCCCCAGCAGCGAGCACCUUCACCAUGGUGGGGGGGUUCCUGCAAGGCACCUGGUGGGAUGGCAGCUUCAUUUGGGGAUAUUAUACAUUUGUAUUUAUAUUAAAGACUCUGCUUUACACAGUUGCACCUGGAGGGCUCUGCUUGCUGCUUCACAGAGCACCAUUUAUGCUGCAGACUGGCUUUUCUGGAAGAUGGCUCUUAUUUUUAUACCAAAUAAAUGAUGGCUGCAGUUCAUUCCCCUCUAGCCCGCUUGCUCUUUUCCAGCUUCCAAGCAGUGCCCAGAGCCAGGGUGCUGCAUCUCACAACACCCACGGUGGCUGAGAGCAGCAUGGGGACUGCAGGUUCUGCUAUACUGUUGGGCUGGAUCUUACCUUUGGCUUCAAGUUGUUGCAGUAUCACAGUAGGAAGAUAGGUUUUUUCCAAAUAUCCUUUGAUUUUUUUCAAUCCUUUUUUUUUUUUAGAUAUAAAAUUGCAAUGAGGUCAGAGCAAACUUCUCAUUUUAGUGCGAUUUUACCGCUUUGUCCUCACUCGUUUUUGCUGUAUUCAGAGAUUGGGUCAUUAUUAAGCAAAGUGCUUUGCUUUCAGGAGCGAUAAAAGAAACUCUCUUAGGCUUUCUUCUCCAAAACGAAAUGUGUGCAUGGUGGAAAUAGUGCACAGAAGGCUAUGCAGGUGCAGCAAUAGAAGAAUCUGCAGAAUUCAUUGCAAAUAC